AUGUCCCCAACCACCGUCGCGAAAGCCAUCAAGCUUUCCUUCAACGUUCAGCAGGAUAUUAGCAAAGGACGCCGUGACUCAUAUCCCCAUGAUGCUUCAGUCAGCACGAAUGGGUCAUAUCCUGCAUUUGAUCCCAGCCGAGAAGCACAGCUCAGGAGUGCUGCGGAUCGCGCCAAGCCAUACCGGGAUAGACUGGAACGAGCCGAUCAGCAUGGUAGCAGGAACAGGCUUGCAGUAAAAGUACUCGCCCCCUGA